GUUUGACAUAAUGUCUACCAACAAUGCGGAUACAACCGCUCGUCCUUCUCCGCCUAUGUUUGGUGAGCCUUGGCCGGACUUCAACGACGGUCUUACUUACCGUGAUCUUGUCCGCUCACCUGAUUCCGGUUUGACGUUGAUUGAGUUUUAUUCUAUCAGGCAUCAGAGUUCAGCUCCUUUACUAGGUUGGUUGCAGAGGAUCGAAAAUGGUCAGAUAACAGUCAAUGGUACAAUUGUUGCUGAUCCAAAGUCUGUUCUCAGGAGUGGUACAGAACUAGUAUAUCACAGACUUCCGUGGAAAGAACCAUAUGCACCACACUUGCUCGAGGUUCUGUUUGAAGAUGAUCAUUUGAUUGCUCUAAACAAACCGUCUGGUCUACAAGUUUUACCUGGGGGACUGUUUCAGCAGCGAACUGUCCUGACACAACUUCAAUGGCAUAUAAAGAAUCAAGGACCCACACUGACAGAUCGUGAAUUAUGUCCCGUUCCAGUUCAUCGGCUUGGAAGAGGCACAUCAGGAAUAUUACUUUGUGCGAAGACAAAGCUCGCAAAAACUCGGCUUGCAGCUCUUUUUGCUGAUAAAACAGCAGCAGUUGCAAGUAACAGAAAAAUCAACAUGGGGGUUAAUCAUGGGAAGAUGUCAAAGAUAUACAGGGCACUAGCAUGUGGAAUUAUAAAUGAAGAUGAGGUGGUCAUUGAGCAGCCAAUUGGAACAUUGAAAUAUACUGGAGUUGCUAAAGGAUUAUAUGUUGCUUCUACAUCAGGGAAACCAGCAUUGAGCAAAGUUCGUGUUCUGAAGAGAGAUGUACAAAAUAACCAUACAGUUGUUCAGGUGGAGAUUCAAUCUGGUAGGCCGCAUCAAAUCCGAAUUCAUCUUUCUUUCAUUGGACAUCCUUUGAUAGGUGAUCCACUUUAUAUUAUUGGUGGGAAACCAAAGUGUGCUGCUCCUGAAACUAUAGAUGAAACGUGUGCGGAAGAUGGAGGGUAUCACAGGCCUGCAAAUCCUGUUCCUGGAGACUGUGGAUACUACCUGCAUGCUCAUCAAUUAGUUCUUUGUCAUCCAAUCACAGAUGAGGUGUUAAAGAUAACAGCACCAUUACCACCCGCCUUCUUACGUGAGGAGUUGGAACAAACACACAACUAAAGUGAAGAUACAAAGCAGGUAACUUUUACAAACAAAUAUAGAACCCUACUCGUAUAGAUUCGAAUUCGAUCCAAUUCUAGAGAAUAGGGAGAAAAUAGUGGGUAUAAAACUUGGAUCAAACUUAGAUCGCGUGAGAGCUUGGUUUCUUGAAGUUAUAUUUCGACCCAAUUUUGUCGAUGUAUUACGAAAUUAAGCUCGAGGAUUAUCUCAAAUGUGUAUUGAUUUUGGCAGAAAUCAUUAGCUUUUAAACUUUGAA